AUGGAAACAACUAUAAGAGAGCUUGAGGAUCAUCAUGUUCGAGUACAUCGAGAGCUUCUAGAGGUAUUGGAUGAGUUGUAUCUUGCGAGAAAAGGGCUGAAAGCUCACGACCGAUCGGCAAUGGUUCAAAGACGAGAGUUGCAAUGCUCGAUGGCCACCACAAGUCCAAUAGCUGAAGCAAUGACAAACAAUGGCAAACUAGAAGCUAGACUUUUGGAUUUGAUGCAGCAAAAUUACGAGAAAGACGGUAGCGUCGUUCGUCACCAGGAUGAGAAAUUGAGACUGAUAUCGCGGUUCACAGAGGAAAGGAUAAAAUACGGAAAACUGCUUCAAAGGAUCAGACCAAUAGCUGAAGAAGUUCGGAGUUGGACAGCAGAUGAAAUCGAUCCGAGAAAAGAGGCGGUUGUCGAUGAAGGGGAGAGGUAUUUGGAGAAAGAAAAUGAGACGUUGAGAGAGUUGUUAGUCGGGAUAAUCAUGCAAAGUGGCUAUCAGGGCACUAAUAAGACUGUCGAUAACUGGCUGGAGUUUUUGGAAGAGAUUGGGUGA